AUGGCUUCUCAAAAAGUGUAUCGGCCUCAUCCUCGAUAUGCUGAAGGAUUUCCCAGUCAGGCAAACAUGAAACGCUCCAUCUCGGUGAUGUCUUUUACAUCGUUGGAUAAUAUGCGAUCAACAUUGUCCGGGUUAUUCACUCCUUUAAGGCUAGAAGAAGAAGAAGAACAGGAAGAAGAUGAUGAUUCAUCCGUUCAUGAUUAUGAAGACUACGCAAGUAAGCAGAAGGACGACGAUCUCAAAAAAGAGAAAACAAAAAGGAGAAUCAUUUUGGAACCAAAUUUAUCCUUAAAGCUGUUAUUCUUGAAGUUUCUGGCAAUUUUUGGGCUAGGAUCGAUUUUUACUUAUAUGGCUGAAGGCAUUCUCCAAGAAGCCAAACUGUCAUCAUUAACUGUUCGAUGCGGAAGUUGGGUAUUUAAGCCGAAUUGGUCUGUUGCUUUUGGACUUGUAGCUAUAGGACUUGCAGUUGCAUAUCGUUUGAUGGAUGUACGAUGUCCAUCUGGUUCUUCCGCAAGGAGAACAUCACAAUCUUCACAAUUUCAGAUUCUUUCGAGAUAUCUUGCUGCUUUUGCUACUCUUCUUCUCACUAUGAAAAAAUUAUUGAGCACUCAAAGUACCCACUCUUCUUUUGUUGCCUUGGUUGCCAGCGCUGUCACUAUUUGGUACGUGUUUGAUCGUUCAAAAAACGGUUUCACCGUCUCGUGUAUAAUGAGUAUUAUCGGUAGCAUAGCGUAUUAUGCAUUUGUUGAUAGUACUCCAUUCAGUCUUUUCGAAACCAACCCUUCAGAAUACCAAUUUCGUUAUUGGAUCCCUAUGAUUCUUUUCUCUGCCUCAACAAUAGUGGGAAACGCCGGCCGUCUCCUCUUUUAA